AUGGGACACACUUGUGGUGUCACUUCCGGUAAGCUCUUGGGCUCCGUUCAGGUUUUGAUCGACCUUGCUAAUGCUCAGUCGAGGUGCGUCGUGUACCAUAACGGCUGGAUGAAACUCGGCGGGAAAGGAAGCGAUCAGGAUAAGUCUGUGGCGAGGAUACAUUUCACCGUCCGGUCUGAACCGGACCCUCGGUUCGUGUUCCAAUUCGGAGGUGAACCGCAGUGCAGCCCGGUGGUUUUUCAGAUUCAAGGGAAUAUAAGCCAGCCGGUUUUCAGCUGCAAGUUUAGCGCCGAUCGGAACAACAGGUCACGGUCUCUCCCUCCAGAUUUCAACACCAACAAUAAAAGAUGGACGAUGAGAACCUUUUCGGGCGAUAGAGACAAACCGGGAAGGGAGCGAAAGGGUUGGAUGAUAAUAAUUUACGAUCUAUCCGGUUCACCCGUUGCAGCAGCCUCUAUGAUCACACCAUUUGUCCCAUCCCCGGGGUCUAAUCGUGUUUCACGAUCAAACCCUGGUGCAUGGCUCAUUCUCCGGCCUAAUGGCGACUCAGUUAGUAGCUGGAAGCCUUGGGGUCGUCUUGAGGCUUGGCGCGAAAGAGGGCCAGUCGACGGUUUAGGUCACAAGUUUGAGCUUGUAACCGACAAUGGUCUAACAAGUGGAAUCCCCAUUGCCCAAGGCACGAUGAGCGUUAAAAAGGGCGGGAAUUUUUACAUUAAUAACUUGAUCAAGGGAGGUUUUGUGAUGGGAUCAAGUGUGGAAGGUGAAGGUAGAGUGAGCAAGCCUAUGGUACAAGUUGGAGUGAGGCAUGUGACUUGCAUGGCCGAUGCUGCACUAUUCGUCGUGCUUUCAGCUGCCAUUGAUCUCAGCAUGGAUGCUUGUCGACUGUUUUCGCAUAAACUAAGGAAGGAAUUUUGUCACGACGAACAAGAAUCAUUCUUCUAG